AUGACUGAGCCAAGUAAUGUCGAGAUCCAGGAGCGAUUUGAAUCGGCAGGUGGAAAGUUGGAAGAAGAUGUUCUGGCCGAAUUACAAUCGAUCAUGCGCCUGCAUUCGAUCGACGUUGAGGAACUGUGGUACAAAUGGGAAUCAUACAGCAUGAAGAUGGGUUCGGAUGACAUGAAGCUGAAUAUCGAGACUGCGAGAGCCCUCAAGAAAGAUGUGCAAGACGGAUUGGAACGCGACAACCGGUCGAAGCAACAUCUUCAAUCGAACAAGCGGGCUGCUGCUACCCCUCGAACCGCUGCGAGCAAUGGCGAUGUAUUUGGAAUCUUGGAUGGCCUUGUACCAAACACUCCGCGAACUGGAUCUGCGAAUAGAAGCAGUGCUGCCAAACGGAAAUUCGAAACUCCUUCGAUGUCAAGAGUCAAGGCAGAGCCGGCCAGCAGCCCUCCAGAGUUCAAGACGCCUUACAAGCCAGGAGAACAUGCAGGUGCUGCAGUUUCUUUCCACGACCGAAAGAAUGCAGGACAAGCAGUCGAAGUUCUCAACGACCACAUUAAAAUUCCAGAGCCUCCAAUGGCACCCUUCUCCGAACCGCGAAUCAAACUCAUUGCAAAUUCCGAUAUGAAGAAGCUUUCCUACAAACCUAUGGCCAUGAAGUCCUCAGAAGCAUCCGAGAUAUUGGACGACAAAAUAGACGAGUUCAUGCAAUUGAUCCAGGCACACCAUAACUUGGACGAUUCUGAAUUUGGAAGUGCUGCAAGCCAAAGUACUAACGAGAUAGUGGCGGUAGGGAGAAUAGCCUCGGACUCAUUGACAGGAAAGCUCAAUGCCUCCUCUUUGGUGUUAGAGACCUCUCGAAGAAUGGGAGCGGGUUUAAGGAUACCCCUGAAAGUCGACUCCCUGCCUGGAUACCAGUUCUUCCCUGGUCAGAUAGUAGCGAUGAAAGGAAUCAAUGCUUCAGGAGAUAACUUUGCCGUCAGGGAAGUUCUUGAAGCUCCAUUAUUGCCUGGUGCUGCUUCAACACCAGCAGGACUCGAAGCACAUAUUCAGAGGUUGAGAGGAGGUCCGGAUGCCAUGGAUUCCGACUCUGAUCCAGCACCACUGAGCAUCAUAUUAGGAGCUGGACCAUAUACAGCAGACGACAAUCUGGAUUUCGAACCACUACACGCAUUGUGUAGCCAAGCAGCUGAUUCCUAUGCAGAUGCACUUAUCCUGACGGGACCUUUCCUAGAUAUCGACCAUCCUCUUAUCGCCACAGGAGAUUUCGACCUCCCAGAAGAAGCCAUGACUGAGCCAGACACCGCUACCAUGUCAACAGUGUUCAAAUAUCUAAUCUCACCCGCGUUUAUCCAACUGGUAGCCGCAAAUCCACAUAUCACAAUCCUGCUCAUCCCUUCAGUCAAAGACGUGAUCAACAAACACGUUUCCUGGCCUCAAGAGCCCUUCCCAAAGAAGGAUCUCGGGCUUCCAAAAUCAGUCAAGAUUAUCGGAAACCCAAUGACGCUCUCCCUCAACGAGAUCGCAGUUGGUGUUUCCUCACAGGAUAUCCUCACAGAACUCAGAUCGUCUGAAGUGAUUGGAGGCAGGCCGAAGGAAUCAUCUGUGCUAGCUCGGCUACCAACGUAUCUUAUUGAGCAGAGGAACUUCUUCCCGCUCUUCCCUCCUGUUGACAGAGAGAGUUUGCCGAAGACCGGUACGGCGGGUGGCAUCCCUGCUGGUGCUAUGUUGGAUACCAGUUAUCUGAAGCUGGGAGAAAUGAUCAACGUACGGCCUGAUAUUCUGAUUGUACCCAGCGCAUUGCCUCCUUUCGCAAAGGUCGUGGAAGGGGUUCUUGUUGUUAAUCCCGGAUAUUUGUCGAAGCGCAAGGCGGCAGGUACUUACACGAAGAUGACUAUUCUGCCUGCUUCUUUGUCGAAUGAGGAUAGGGGUUCGUCGGUACUUGCUCACAAAGUGUUUGAAAGGGCGCGUGUGGAUAUUAUCAGGAUAUGA